AUGGAUUCGAAAAUACCAUUUGCAUUCCAACUUUCGUUUAUAGGCUUUUGUCUAAUGAUAUCGUUCACAGAAAUACAAAAGGGAGACUGUGCUGAAGUUUCUAAUACCGAAAAUGAACUUGCCGAGGACAUUUUCAGUACACUUCAAUCACUUAGGAGUGAAGUACAAAGUCUAAAGGCACAGAUUGGUGUUGAGGGGGAAAGAAGCAUUUCCCCGGAAGAGAGACGGGUUUCGAAGAAAAAACGAGUGGCUUUUUAUGCAAGAGUUUCGCCAUCCAUUACUAAAAUUGCGGCCGAAGACACGAUCGUAUUUUCUCUCGUGGAAACAAACAGUGGCGAAGCAUAUAAUCCUUCAACUGGCGAAUUUAAAGUGCCUAUUGCUGGAACAUACGUUUUCCAUUCGAAUAUCCUAUCAGGACAUGGAAAGUUUAUUGAAACCUGCCUCAAGGUUAAUGGGAAAGACAGGAUGCUGAUGUACUCUGGUAGUAAAUUUUUCGGUUCGGGAAGCAAUAUGGCAGUUCUUGAACUAAAGGCUGGGGAUAUCGUCAACAUAGCUAAGCAGGGUCCUUGGGGAACGGUACCAUUGUAUGUGCACCAUCUUUGGAGUACAUUUUCCGGAUUUCUACUCUACUGA